AUGAAUACUCCUACUCUCAAAAUUCAGGAACACACAAAUCAAUUUGCAAAGCUACAAAUCCAUCCCACAGACACUGACAAUACCACCUCUACUAGCAGAACAGACUCUAUGAUCGCCCAAUGCAUGGAGGCUGACAUGGAACCCCUUUUCCUCGAUGAUGGCCAUAUGGCAGCCUGUCUAACUACAUCAUUACCAGUUUCUUCCUCUAAUGAGCCACGCCUAAAUGAUUUUAACUCUACUAAUCCUACUACUAAACCUCACAUGCCAAUAGACACAUCAAAGCUAACCCAAACCCCUAGUCAGAUGCAUGCACUCGAAGCCUCCAUCCCACCCUCUACUGUAAUUACCACCUCACACUUGUCAACAACCACUGCAUGCAAUAGGCAAAUGGCAGAUCGAAAUCUUCAGAGUUCACUGAAAUUCUGCCCCAAAUAUUUUGCUAAUCCAUCCACGCCUCAAACGGUUUGCAUGCCUAUAGAUUCUAUAAGUAUUCACCUACCUAUUCCUACUACUCCACACUCUUCUUCUCCAUCAGAAUCCCUUAUAAACCAAGGUGACAACCAUGCCACGAAUUCCACUAUCUCUCAGAAGGAGGCUAAACCUAAUUCAAAUACUCAAUCAUCAAUACCAAACAGCCAUAAACAACCUCCCUCUCCCACUGCCCAAUCCACCCCACUACUAAACUUCUCCUCCACCAGCCCAGAACCAUCAACCUCUUUCUUGGCUGGAGAUGGGCCUCAUGGGCCAUGCCAUCUCCUUCAACAUGAUGAUCAAUGUCCAGGAGACUGUCCUAAUAAUCCAGAACCCUCAGUAUCUCGCACAACUAGUUUUCAAAGGAAUGCAUCUUGCAAUGAAUUACUAUGUCAACCAGACAUGGCUCAAUCAAAUCCUUCAACCUCUAUCUCCCAACCUCAACCCCACUCUGAUUCAGGAGAUGCAGUAACAAUGGAACAUGCCCUCUCACAACCAACCACCAACAUUACCCCUCCAACUUCCCAACCUCCCCUUCUUUCUACCAGAAGAAUAGACCACACUGAACCCCAUCUUCAUGCAAUGGAAAAUCCAACCCCACCACAACCAAACUCCACCUCAGGAGGGCCCUCCAUCUCCCAUGCAAGAAAAUAUCCCUCCAAACAAUCCUCCUCCAAUAUCAAACCUGGUAGCAGAAGAGGAGGACUUAGACCUCUACCACCAUAA